AAUAUUUGUUUCUGUUACAACUCUCUAUAUUCUGUUGAAGCUCUUUAUCUCUUUUGGAAAAUCCCCCUUCAAAAACUGUUCUGUCGUUCAAAACGACCGUUGGGAAUGACGAAAUGGUUCGACGGUCGGAACAGUCGUCAGUAGAGCAAGCAGCGAUGUGCGUUUUACUAGCAGAAUACAGAGCACUUCGGUGAUCAUAUUUAAAUUACAUAUAUCAUAACAAUGUCAGAGAAUCCUUCAACAAGUAAAAUAGUUGAUGUAGAAUCGCUAGAAGAAAGAUCUUUUGAAGAUGAAGAUUUUAAAGGUGAAUUCACUAAUGCUCUCGUAUAUGCGAAUUCCAUAUACAAGAGUAAUAAAUUAUUAUCGAAAAAUCCUCCAGCGAAAAUUAGUUCUGUGUCGAUAGCCAUGGCAAAUAGCAUUUCUAAUGCUGUCAUCGAUAUUUUAAACAACAGUUAUGUCAUGGUGGACGAAGAUCUCAUUCUAAAUGAUGAUAGCGAUAGUGAAAAUCUAUACGAAGAGUGCACAGACGAUCCAACGACAGAUGCAGACUACAAUCCAUCAGAUUAUGCAGAGCCUCCUAGAGACUACAUUCCUUUAGAGUAUAAAGCAAAAAUCGUUGCUCUUGCUGAAGCACAUCCACAUUGGAAUUUAAAGACACUGCAAAAACAAGGUGGAAGUCGUUUAAAAAGAAAAGAUUAUUUAAUCCAAUGGAAGAAAGAUGUGAAGAGUGGAGGAACGCGAGUAGAUAAAUGGCAAACAAUUGACAAUGAAACUUUUGAACGUUUUCGAGAAGCAAGAAGCUGUUAUGAGCAGGUAACAACAAGAACACUGCAACAAUGGGCAUUAAUAGCAGCUUCUCCUUUUCAAUCGGACACGUUUUCGUUCGAUGCUAGUUCUACCUGGGUAAAAGCUUUUAAACGGAAACAUAGAAUAAAACAGCAUAAGAUAACAAAGUAUGUUAGCCGAAGAGAGAUCGCUACUCCAGAAGAAACCAUGGAAGCAGCACAAAGAUUCCAGAUACAAACGAGAAACAUUAUUCCUAAUUUCAAUUUGAAUUUCGUAAUCGGUACCGAUCAAACGAGGUGCAAUUAUCAAACAACGUACAAUAGAUCACUCGAAUUUAAAGAAGUAAAGACAGUGUUCUUGAAAAAGCAAAGUUUAAAUAAAAUUACACAUUCGUAUACGGCACAGUAUAGCAUGACUGCAUCGGGGAAAUUGCUUCCACUUGUGUAUAUAUGCCUGCAAGAAUCUACAAAUAAAUUUGAUCCUGUAAUAUCCAAAACGGUUGAUAAAUUGACUACAGAAUUUGGUAAUGUUGUUGUUACUUGUUCCAAAUCAGGAAAAUUAACUAAAGAAUUAUAUAAAAACUAUUUAGAAACAACGUUAAAAUCAUAUGUGAAAAAUGACAAAUUCCUUUUAAUAAUUGAUUCGUGGGGAGAACAAACUGAUGUUGCUUUACAUGAUGAAAUCUUUUGGAAUGAUGAUGGAGAUGCAACAUGCACUCUGAAAAUAAUUCCUGCGAAAUGCACCUCGUUUUGUCAACCAUGCGACGUCUAUUUUUAUCGACAAGUCAAACUUCUAAUAAGACGAUUGCAAAAUGCUUCACUAUUAAUGAAAGAAGAAAGAGAAAUAGUAUCUCGUGAGGAUGCUAUUAAAAUUCAUUCUAUAGUGCACCAUCAGUUGAGCGCUCCUUCUUUCGAAAACAUGAUUAAAUAUGCUUGGUACGCUGCAAAAUUAUUGGAAGAAAGACCAUUUUUUUCAAAUGUUAACGAUAUUUGCUUCCCACCAACAAUUGCAAAGCAGAAGUGUCCCUGUACCGAGAUUUCUUUUAUAAAAUGUGCCUGGUGCGCUAUAUGCUUUUGUUUUAAAUGUUUUUAUGAUAUGUAUCAUCCAAACAAAUGUUUUGGAUAUAAAGACGGUAACGAUGCCGAUGAUGAAGAUGUAAUGUAACAUGUACACGCACAUUCUUUUGUAUUUCUAUUUUUAUGUGUCUUUGUAUGUCUUUAU